CGAGUGUUUAAAAGUUGGCUCAUUGAAAACACCAUCUUCUUUCUUGUUUCAUGGCGUCGUAGCUUUGCAUGUACAAAGUUUUAAGGAGUAGAGCGCACAGGUUUUCAACUAAGACGCCAUCUUUCUUUUCUACUCUUCUAAAUAACUGUCUCUCCUUAGAAUCCUUGUUCUCCCUUAAACUCAUUCAUGCCCAACUCAUAAAGCUUAGUCUCUGCAACACAAAUACUUUUCUUGGUAAUCGUUGCCUUCAUCUUUACUCAAAAUUCGGAACCAUUGAAGAUGCUAUUCGAUCAUUUGAUGAUAUACGCAACAAAAAUGUAUUUUCAUGGAAUAUUUACAUGCGGGUGUUCAUUAAUUUUGGCGACAUCAAGAGUGCGCGCCAACUGUUCGAUGAAAUGCCUGAACGGGAUGUUGUGAGUUGGAAUUCUAUCAUUGCUGGGUACUAUUCUCGUGGGUUUGAUGAUUGUGCACUCGAUUUGUUUUCGAAGAUGCAAACAACUGGAGUAAUACCAAGUGAGUACACAUAUUCAAUUGUUUUGUCAUUCGUUCAGUCUGUUCAUCAUGGAAAGGAAAUUCACUGUAAUAUGAUAAGAUCUGGGUUGGAUUUUUCUUAUGUUAUUAUUGGGAAUUCUCUAAUUGAUAUGUAUUCUAAACAUGGCUUUGUGGAUUAUGCCUUCAAUGUGUUUCUAAACAUGAAGGAGUUAGAUGUCAUCUCCUGGAACUCACUGAUUGCAAGCUGUAGUAAAUCGGGUUAUAAAGAAAUGGCGUAUAACCAUUUCCGUGUAAUGAGAACCACUAACUAUCUACCUGAUCCGUUCACGAUAUCUUCGGUCUUGACAUCCUGUUCUACCAUUCUAGACUUAAGAAAAGGCGAAAAUAUUUUCUCUUUAUCCAUAAAGGCAGGGUUUCUUUCAAAUUCAAUCGUUUCGAGUGCAGCAAUUGACAUGUUCUCAAAAUGUGAAAGUAUAAAUGCUUCAAUACGCGUUUUCAAGGAAAUUGAUAUCUGGGAUUCAGCCGUUUGCAAUUCAAUGAUUUCAAGCUACGCUAACCAUCGACUUGAGGAGAAUGCUAUGCAGAUUUUUGCACUUUCAUUUAACAAGAAUGUAAGGCCAACUGAAUUCACACUUAGCUCUGUGAUCAGCUGUGCCGUUGUCUUUCUAGUGGUGGUGCAGGGAACCCAGUUGCAUUCUUUGGUUGUAAAGUUGGGGUUUGAGCAUGAUUUGGUUGUUGCGAGCUCCCUUGUGGAAAUGUACAGUAAAUAUGGAUCCACUGAUGCUGCAAAGAUCAUCUUUGAUGAAAUGGAGGUAAAAGAUUUGAUAUCUUGGAACACAAUGAUUUCAGGUCUUGCUUGCACUGGAAAAACGGUCAAAUCCCUGAAUCUUUUUGAGGAAUUACUGAAAACUGGGCGGCAACCAGAUGAGAUAACCCUAUCUGCGGUUCUAUUAGCCUGCAACCGUGGUCAGUUGAUUGACAGAGCCAUGGCUAUAUUCUAUUCAAUGGAUAAGGAAUAUGGGGUCAAACCAACGGAUGGGCAUUUCACUUCGAUUGUUGAGAUGAUGAUUCAAGCCGGCAAACUCAAUGAAUCACUGAAGGUAAUCGAAGCAAUGCCUUAUGGACCCAAUAGUUACAUAUGUGCAUUGAUUCUUACUAUUUAUGGAAUUCAUGGAGACUUAAAGUUCACCGAAAGGGUUGCAGAGCGGUUAAUGAAAUUAGAACCAAUGUCUUCACUACCAUAUCUGGUGUUGGGUAAAGCAUAUGAGGUUAGGGGAAGAUGGGAGAGCCUAGCUCGAGUAAAGAAAGCUAUGAACGAUAGAAACAUUACGAAAGUGAUGGGAUGCAGUUGGAUCGGAAUAAAGAGCCGUUUGUUUCUUUUCAAAGAAAACGAAGUUGUUCAUCAUGGUGGGGAAGAUGUAUUCUCGACGUUGAGAUUACUGAUGCAGGAUAUAGAGGUUGAAGCUUAUAUAUAAUUAAGUAGAUGAUGGAAGACAAAAGAAACAAUUGUUGUACUCUUUUAAGGCAGAGGCAGAGGUCUCUUCUACAUACAUCUCAUUUCCCUGACCAUCUGUUGGUGGGAUACGUUGUGUUCGUUUA